GGUGCCACCUGGCCAUUGUCCCUGCCAUUGCCAUAUAUUGCCAUGUCGCCAUGGAACUUUCCCAGGUGCAUGGUAUCAUCGUCCCAGAGGUGCUCACUUGCAACUCUUCCUGGCACUGGAGCACAUAUCUCAAUGCAGUGCAGUCAUCAGUAGAACAUGGCCUCUUCCCGCAGGAGCCGUUUGAGGCCUCUGUGGCUAUUUUUAACUUUUGGAGAGGUCGCGGAAUUUCUGCAGCGCAAGAGCUGGAGUACUUCGGCAAAAAAGCCGAGGGCAAAGAAGCUCCCAAAGAUUCUUGCCUGCAUGGCUUAGUGACAGCUUUGCAAGUGCUCGGUGCCGUGAGCAGUGGUCGAGAGAGGAGGAAGUUUUUGGCAUUUGCAGAGGACCUGUUGUACUUCGGCUCUAGUGAUGUUUUAUCUUCAUCACCAUGGCCGGCCAGGAGAGCGGAGAUCUUGACGAAUUUGUUGGUACCAUUGCCCGCAGGAGAUGCUCAGGAACCCUGGCGUGGCUUUCGUGGGGAUUCAGUGAAGCCGGCCUCACUUCCCUUUGUUUGGCCACAAGCUUCUGAACCACGAGAGGAAGCAGCUGAGCCACAGCGAUUUCGACUUUGGCUGACAGACCAGCACAGCGUUGUGUCGGGCGAAAUCACACAUUUGUUUACCAAAUACUUGAAGCGCUUUCACAUGAAGGUGGAGAAACAGAGUGUGAGUCUCUACUGCCGCUUCCACCAGGUUUGUUUCCGUGAUGGACGUGUUGCGAACUUGUUGCGCAGACCCAGGAUCUACGAAAUCCGGCCUGGUGCUGGUUUUCUUGAUGGCUUUGAACAGGUUGAGAAUGUUGGAAGGGAUUUGAAUCGCAUCGCUCGGGAAUUUCACCAUUUGUUUCGAAGUCCCUUGAGGACCGUCGAUGCGUUCUUAUGUUCGAUCCCCAUUUAUUGGUGUCAGCUCUACCAAUACUUCCAGAAACCCAUCCUGGGCGUCAUGGACCAGCCAAUCUUCUUGUUUGUUCGGAGUGAGUUGCGGACAGCUUGGUUGGAUCGUUUUCGUCAACUGGCCCAAGACCCGGCUAAUCUUUUUGUUUGCCACACUGCUUUCCUGCAGAUGCAGGUGGAGUGGCAGACAGGUUUGCGCUUGCCGGUGGCCCGAUACUUGGCCAUCCAAACGGCACGUUGGCAUUGGACCCCACUGCAUGAAGCUGCACUGGUGGUGCAACAACUGCCACAUCGACCCUUCUUCCUUCCUCUCUUGAAACGCUUUCAAGAGCUGAAUGGCCUGAAGUUGCAGAUGGUCGGUCUGGAGGAGGUCCCAGCAUGGAAAGAUCAUCGCCCGGAUCGGUACAAGAGACUUGCCGAGCAUCGUGCCGCGGUGAUUUUUCCCUAUGAUGUGCACUUCAUGAAGCUCCUGGAGCUUUAUAGCAUGGGUGUGCCCAUCUUUAUGCCAGUAGAUUUCUUCAUGUGGUCCUUCAGCUGGACCAUCGCGGACCCGGGGGUCAUGGAGUCCUCCCUAUCCCCCAGUGAUGCAGCAGCACCGUGCUGUGCCACGCCGGGACUACGACACCUACAUCCUAAGAGGUGUUUGCAGCUGGCUCCCUACUCGGACCUUGCGCGACUUCCACACAUGGUCUAUUUCAGGAGCAUCCCGGAGUUGCUUUAUCUACUGGCUACGGACACAUCUGCUCACAGCCGCAGUUGGGCAAUGAAGGAGUUCCAGGCCAAGUCGACAAGUGAGGUUCUCUCUUUCUGGAACCAUGCUCUAACGAAGCUGUUAUACAGAAAGCGAGAAAGGGCAAGGAAAACAAUUCCGUAG